CGGGGCCUCCUGCCCAGACUUGAAAUCUCUAGCAGGCAGGUGGGGCAGGCGGAUCACAGGUUGUACAUCCAUGUGGCGGGGGCUGUGGAGCCUGGCGACCCGGGCGGCACAUUGGCCUCACAGACUGUGCACGCGCCAGAGCAGCGGCGCCCUGGACCCCGGUCCCGGGGCCACCAUCUUCGCACUAAGCUCGGGCCAAGGCCGCUGCGGCAUCGCAGUGAUCCGGACCAGCGGCCCCGCCAGCGGACACGCCCUUCGGAGACUCACGGAGCCCCGAAACCUGCCCCCAGCCCGCAAGGCCAGCCUGCGCCUGCUCAGCGACCCCCGCUCCGGGGAGCCGCUGGACCGCGCGCUGGUGCUCUGGUUCCCAGGUCCCCAGAGUUUUACGGGUGAGGACUGCGUGGAGUUCCACGUGCAUGGAGGCCCGGCCGUGGUGAGCGGCGUCCUGGAGGCUCUGGGCAGUGUGCCCGGGCUGCGGCCGGCGGAGGCGGGUGAGUUCACCAAGCGGGCAUUCGCCCACGGGAAGCUGAGCCUGACCGAGGUGGAGGGGCUGGCCGAUCUGAUCCACGCGGAAACCGAGUCGCAGAGGCGGCAGGCCCUGAGGCAGCUGGACGGGGAGCUGGGCCACCUCUGCCGCAGCUGGGCCGAGACCCUCACCAAGGCUCUGGCCCACGUGGAGGCCUAUAUUGACUUCGGCGAGGAUGACAACCUGGAGGAGGGUGUCCUGGAGCAAGCGGACAAAGAAGUGCGGAAGCUGGAGGUGGCACUGGGCGCACAUCUACGAGAUGCGAGGCGAGGCCAGAGGCUCCGUUCAGGGGCUCACGUAGUGGUCACUGGACCCCCCAACGCGGGCAAGAGCAGUCUGGUGAACCUGCUCAGCCAGAAACCUGUGUCCAUCGUGUCCCCGGAGCCGGGAACCACUCGCGACGUGCUGGAGACCCCAGUGGACCUGGCCGGGUUCCCGGUGCUGCUGAGCGACACAGCGGGGUUGCGGGAGGGCGUGGGGCCCGUGGAACAGGAGGGCGUGCGGCGUGCCCGCAAGAGGCUGGAGCAGGCUGACCUCGUUCUGGCCAUGCUGGACGCCUCUAAUCUGGCCUCUCCCUCCAGCUGCAACUUUCUGGACACGGUUGUAGCCCCCCUGGGAACCCGGAACCCCAGUGGGAGCAGCCCGCGCCUCCUGCUAGUGCUGAACAAGUCAGAUCUGUUGCCCCCUGAGGGCCCAGGUCCCUGUCCUGACCUGCCCCCCCACCUGCUGCUGUCGUGCCUGACCGGUGCGGGGCUGCAUGGCCUCCUGGAGGUGCUGAAGAAAGAGCUGGCUGCAGUGUGUGGGGACCCAUCCACAGGCCCACCACUCCUGACACGAGCAAGGCACCAGCAUCACCUCCAGGGCUGCCUGGACGCCCUCGGCCACUACAAGCAUGCCAGAGACCUGGCCCUGGCGGCCGAGGCGCUGAGGGUCGCCUGGGGGCACUUGACCCGCCUCACAGGUGGAGGAGGCACUGAGGAGAUCCUGGACAUCAUUUUCCAGGACUUCUGCGUGGGCAAGUGAGGGGAUGGCCAGAAGCCUUGGGUGAUCUGGGAGCAGCUUAGGCCAAAUGCGAUGCUCAUCCACCCGAGGAAGAACGCGAUUCCUAAAUGGUGAGGUGAAGCAGGGGGUGUGAAUUCCCUGCAGGGGCUUGCUGGAGAUUCAGGGCCUGGAGUGGGACUGAAUGGAGGUCCCUUUGGGCACUGGAUGCUGGGCAGUCUGAAUUGGGAGGAAGGUAGGAGGAGCUCAGGGGUCUUUGUUUCAUAGUUUUUAAUUUAUUUCGCAAAUACCAAAGGAAUGUAAAAAACUCAGGUGAUCUGGAAAUGUUUCAACAUAGAGAUCUCCCUUACCCCCUCUCACAGGGUCAUGGCUUAACAUGUGUCUUUUCAGAACUUUCUCUGCAUGUUUGCAUACUUAUGGAUGCACUUAUCAAAUAUAUGUUUCAUCUUGUGCUUUGUACAUAAAUUGUAUUAUGUUAA